GGGUCGAUUGAGUUGAUGACUGAUGUUAGAACUCAGUAAUCAAACCAAUGUUUUCCCUCUUUUCAAAAAUUAAAGUUUUAUAAAUAAACAUUUGUGUAAAAUGUUGUGAAAUAGACGUUAAAUAGUGUUUGCAAUUAAUGGACCCAUGUAUAAUAACGGUAUGGCCUGUGAUCUUAUAAGUGCGAGGACAAAGUUAUGCUAAUUUACUCCCCAUGUUACCGGGUUCACCUACGUACCUGGCAUUAGAAGGAGCACAAUAUAAGUAGAAAUGGUCAAGUGAGGGGUGGCGAGAUGACUCUGUCUGUGGUGACAGUACUGUUGCUCGUCUGGGCUUUUUCCUCGAAUGCUUUCGAUAUAUCUCAAUGCAUCGCCCCGCUGGGUAUGGAGAGCGGGCUAAUUCCCGACAAGGACCUAACCGCUAGUUCCUCGUUCAACGAUGGCAACGUGGGACCACAAAAUGGACGUUUAAACCAGGAUAUUAAGAGCGGCGCGUGGUGCCCUAAACCUCAAAUCACGACCGAGUCGACUGAGUGGCUGCAGAUAAAUCUGCAUUCCGUGCAUGUGAUUACGGCAACUGGCACCCAGGGCCGCUUCGGUAACUCUCAGGGUGUCGAGUAUGCUGAACUGUAUAUGUUGGAGUACUGGCGGCCGAAGUUGGGGAAAUGGAUCCGCUACAGAUCUCAAGAUGGACAAGAGAAAUUAAGUGGAAAUACGAACACGUAUUUGGAGAAGAAGAAUCAGUUAGACCCGCCGAUAUGGGCAUCGAAGAUACGUUUUAUACCGUACAGUUCACAUCGGCGCACUGUAUGUAUGAGAGUUGAACUAUACGGAUGCUACUGGAGCGUCGGUAUCGUAUCAUACUCGAUGCCCAAGGGUAACAGGCGCAGCAACGGCGUGGAAUUAACAGAUGUGAUAUACGACGGACAAUGGGGGGAUGACUUAUUGCGAGGUGGUCUGGGGCAGCUAGUUGAUGGCCAGUUUGGUGGUGAUGAGAUCAGAGAGGCUGCGAAGAAUUCUGCUUGGGUCGGGUGGCGAAAUGAUACUAAACCACCUGUUCUCACGUUCGAGUUUGAUAAAAUCAGGGAGUUUAGUGCAGUGCAUCUUUAUUGUAAUAACAAGUUUAUGAGAGAUGUUCAGGUGUUCUCCGAAGCUAUUGUAACGUUUUCGAUUGGCGGGAGACAUUUUCAAGACGAUCCGAUUCACUACACAACAGUGACCGAUAAUAUUUUCGAGAACUCGCGCAAUGUUACAAUCAAACUGCACCACCGUAUCGGGAAGUGGGUUCGAAUCCAGUUGCAUUUCUCAGCAAGGUGGAUACUGAUCAGUGAAGUGGUGUUUGAUUCAGAUGUCGCACAGGGUAACUACACUCCCGAGAAUUCAAAACCUACCGUCGGCAAGGAUAAAUCGAAAAAGACACUGCCCAGUAACGUUCCUAUAUCCACUGCAAAUCAGGACGACCCACUAUACAUGGCGAUUGUGAUCGGAGUUCUAACAGCUCUAGUGAUAUUAUUAAUAGUUGCUGUAAUCCUCAUUGUACAUAGACACCGACAUAGGAAAUGUUUCGCGUCACCUUCAGCAAAAACGACGAUUGCCCAACGUGCUGUGUCAGAGAAUUAUAACCCUUGCGGUACAUCAAUGUUGCCGGAUAAUAAGAUAAUAAUCGAUUGCGGACUAGAUGUUAAGUCUGAUGAAUAUCAGGAGCCAUAUCAAGCGCUGAAAUGCGCGCCAUACUUUAGCUAUAGUACAGUAUUACUAGAGAUGAAAGAUUUCGUUAAGGAUUCCAAUACAGCUUUGUCAGAUAGUUCUAACUACGAUUACGCGGUACCGGAGUUAAGUUCAGCCCCGCUGCUAACAAAGCGCCGGCUAGGUGAUAACCUUUCAGACAGAGCAACUGAGUUAAUGAGUGAUCACUUUGAGAAGAUGUCGGAUUUGGAAGCGAGAAGAUCGGCCGCUGGCUCGAUCCGGUCCAAACAUUCCCAUUCAACUCGGUCGCCAAGUCAACAAGAGGUGCUGAUAGAUUUGAAGCGACGCCUUGAAACUACUAAUGUGAUCGAGUUUCCGAGACACAGACUGAGAAUGAUCUCGAAGUUAGCUGAGGGUGCAUUUGGAACUGUAUAUGUGGCUGAAGCAGACGGGGUUCCAGAGUACAAUGGUACAGUAACGUCAGAGAAUCGCUUGGUGGCCGUCAAGUUCCUCUGUCACGACGCCUCGCUUAAGGAGAGGUAUAUCAUGGAGGAGUUUGAGAGAGAUGUUCGUAUAUUGGCUGCUCUGUCGUCGCCUCACUUGGCGCGAGUUCUUGGUGCUUGUCGAUCGCCACCGUUAGCGGUCGUUCUAGAGUAUUUAGAGUUGGGCGAUCUCUGCACAUUCCUUCGCACCACAUUACCACCGUCGAUGCCCACUUUGCUACACAUCGCCGUUCAGAUUUCAGCGGGCAUGCAAUACUUGGAAUCGUUAAAUUUCGUGCACAGGGACUUGGCAGCGAGAAAUAUUCUAGUCGGCAAGGGGUAUCAAGUGAAGAUAAGCGACUUUGGCACGGAUAACGACCUUUAUGCAUGUGAUUAUUACAAGGCAGAGGGCAGAAUACCACUGCCGUUACGCUGGGCUGCAUGGGAAUCGGUGUUUGGGGGAAAGUAUACUACGAAGAGUGAUGUUUGGGCUUUCGCGGUAACACUGCACGAAAUAUUUACCGUCUGCAGGAGACGGCCCUACGAACAUCUGACGGACUCCGAGGUACUUGAGAAUCUCUCGCACUUGGAAGCAGAUGACGACAUGUUCGAACACAUAGAGCGUUCUGCCGGAACUCCGCGGGAUAUUUAUGAGGUGAUGCGAGAGUGUUGGCGACGCGACGAACGCGAUAGACCAACCUUCACCGAGCUACACCUGAUGUUGCAACGGAGACUCGCCACGUGAUACCACCAUAUGAACGGCAAAUUUUAAGCUUGUUUACUUUAAACUCCAUUUAAUUUCCUAGUGGUUAUCAUGCUAAAUUAUGGCUACUCAUAAACUACUUCCCACUGAAAUUUUGGGGAAACUGCCUUUCUGGGGUGACGUCAUAUUUGUUUUUGUGGCUUUUGAAAUAAAUUAAGAAAUUGGUUACAUAAUUAUUAUUUGAAUAUAUUUACUUUAUUUAUUAAAAAACGGAUUUACUCGCGGUUUAUCGGUGUAGGCAGCGGCUAGUUUCGGACUAUUGAUGGUUAAUUUUUAAGUACAUUUUGUGCAACCGUGAAUACCAAUAGUAACAGAUAAGUUUCAGUAAUAUCGUGAUCGUCAUCACCUGCCCUGUUAAGCCGCGCAAUGCGAGCGGAAAUCCGUUCGAAACAAGUCGAACAUAUUUAUAAUUUUUUCGUUUGAAGUCAGUAUUGUAUCAAUUUUGAAAUGUGACGUCACAUAGCUCAUGUCGCCCUUCCCCUUUUGACGUGUGUCGUAGUUUAUGGGUAUCCUUUCUACUAGUCAAGAUGUUAAUUGACUUUUACGCUAAUUAUUGCAAAUUUAUACAAAUGGCAAUUUAUUGUCACAACAAUGGUCUCAGUUAGUGUCAUUUUUAUAAUUUAGAAACGUUACAAUGGUAACUAUCGCUAGAUGUGUGUCUUGACGUCUAGUCAUUUGGCCUGGAAAACAUUUGUAAAGAGAACGUCUACCUAAAAAUGGGUGCUUAUUAUUUUGUGAAAACUUUGUGCCAGCUAUUUCAGUUUAAAUAUUUUUUGUCGAUAAGUAAUUAAUACGGAAAUCUCGUUUCUUUGUACAAUUAAUAUUAUUAUUAAUUUUAUAUUGAUAUUAUAAUAAUUAUUAAUAGAAUUGGAAAGACGUUCUCUUAUUUAUUUUUAAAGGUUAAUUUCUCAUGUGAUUUGCUUGUUUUAUCAUUUUUUUAUCACACAUGAGGCGUUUCGGUUUAGUUUUAAAUUUACAAAAGUUUUAAUUUUCAGAUUUACUGCCCACAAACUCGCCAAUAUUUUUCAUUUAAAUUUGUUUUAAUUGCAUUAUAAAAAGAAAAUUAAUUUCCAUUAUUUUAGACACAAACACAUCAAACAUUCUAAUGCUCUAUAACAGUUCAGUAAUGUGACAGGCCAGGUUUAUUAUUUUAGUGUGCGUGACAAGCUAGGUUCGUCUCACACUCGCGAUUUGAACGUCACUUUGUUUAAGCGAGCGUGCGUUGCUAAAAUAGAGAUUAAGAGUUAGCCGCUUUUUUUUCUUCUUGCUGUCGCAGUCUAUCUAGAGUCUAAACGUACAAAUGGUGUAAGGCACUAUCAGCCUUAUUGAAUUAUUUUAUUUAUUUUAUAUGGGCUAACAAAUCGAUUGUGGAAGCAAUAAAGUCGAGAUGAUCAAGUACAAAGUUUGAAUUACAUUAAAAAAAAAAACUAUAUAAUUGCCCUCGGUCGGUAUUAAUCUUUACAUGUUACAUUAACAUACCUAAUAUAAUCAUUCCAUACAUUGUAUGGAGAUGAUAUUUCACUGACCUGUGUAAAUACCACUGGACAGGCUGUUCCGUAUUAUGUUUGACACCAAAUUUUUUGUGCCUAUUUGAAGCGCCACUCGCGAGCGUCCAGAGAACUAAUUUUGACGUAUAAUACAAAUGGCUGCGAGAGAAGCGAACAAUACUCUGAAGUGUUAUCGCAUUUUGUAUUAAUUGCGGUCGUUUUCCAUGUUAUUUAUACUUUAGGAACCAACUUAAUCAAGUACACAUUUUUUUGUAAAUAGUUUUCAUAUCGAUGUUUGUUUAGCUGAGGCUGUCAUUACUGGUUUUAUUUAGUACCGCAGACUCUCGCUACAUGGCCAACAGCGCCAAAAUGGCGAAUAACAAACAGGCACAAAAGCACUUUGACAGCUGCCAGUCCAGUAGUAUAUAGUAGAGGUCAGUGGGAUAUUUAUAUUUUAAUGGCAUAAAUAAAUCAUGUGAAAUUUAUAUUUUAGGUAUAUAAAAUAACAUUGUCAUGAAAAAUUAUCAUUAUUCGAAUCCUUAUCUUGAAGUUAUACGAGAUAUUUUUUAUUAAUGGAUUAAUUUUAUGUUUAUUUAAAGUUAUAAUUUAAUAUAAAGACCAAUAAUUACACUAUGUUCACUAUAAACCGAUAAUCCAUUAAAAAAAUCUCAUGAAGGAUUCCUGAACGGUUCUUUAAAGUAAACCGUAAGGUUUGUGUUAUAGACCUAAACCGGAAUAAUAUAUUUGUUAUGAAAAUAAGGGACGAGACGAGCAGGACGUUCAGCUGAGGGUAAUUGAUACGUCUUGCCCAUUACAAUGCAGUGCCGGUCAGGAUUCUUGAAAAACCCAAAAAUUCUGAACGGCACUACAAUUGCGCUCGUCACCUUGAGACAUAAGAUGUUAAGGCUCCUUAGCACAGGAAUUUCACUAGCUACGGCGCCCUUCAGACAGAAACACAGUAAUGUUCACACAUUACUGCUUCACAGCGGAAAUAGCCGCCGUUGUGGUACACACAAUCUAGCCGGCAUCCUGUGCAAAGGAGCCUACCACUGGUUUUUAUUUAUUUUAACGGAUUAUCGGGAUUUUAGUGGUCGUAAUAGUUUUAGUCAAUUAAACUUAUAAUUAUUUAGAUGCAGAUUACGUCUAUGCUGACAACGACAUUUUUAACAUGGAAUAUGACGGCCUAAUUUGGUCCUUCUAAUAUUAAUUAUAAAUGUAUUAUUAGGUGUUAUUUAUUUCCUGUGAGUCGGGAUUUGAUUAAACAUAUACGGUGUUGUUACAAAAAAGUUAAACUCGGGUUGAAUACUUGUUUUAAAAAAGUUCUAUUACAAAUCCGUGUUUUUCUGUUGUUAAGCGUCAAUCUAUAGAGGUCGUUUAACAGUUAGACACUGUUUAACAAAACACAUGUUUAAAUAAUUUUUCGUAAUAACACCGAUUCUGUCUUAUAAAUAAACGCAAUGUAAAGUUACCCCAAGUUUAAAAUUACUUCACCCUGUCAUGUAAUUAUAUAGUGACAAAGGUAAAAGUUUUAAAUUUGGAACACAGUAUUUGUGUUAUUAAUAAACGCGAAGUAAAGUUAUUCGUAAAUUAAAACUUUAUCCUUAUAUUAUCUACCUUUGUCACUACAGAAUUACAUUACGGGGAGAAGUAAUUUUAAACUUGAAGUAACUUUACACUGCGGUUAAUAUUAACAUAGAAGAAGCACCAGUAAAAGAAAAAAAUCUUUACCGUUAUUACAAAGUACCCUCUUUUUCCGAAGCCAGACAGGGAUAUUCAAAAGAAUAUUUGUAUUAUACUAUAUUAUUUACGAGAAUCAAGCAAAUUAACUUAUUUAUCUAUGUAUUGUGAAUAUAUUAUUUAUUUGCACAUGUCUACGACAAUAAUAACGGAAUGCCUUUGUAUCUUAUUUAAGUCCAAUCUCCUCUCCUCUACUAUAACACUAAUAUUUCACGUUUAAUUGUUUAGUACUACGCGGUUAUAUAACAUGACUUAAUAUGCAAUCUUAUAAUUAAAAAGUCUUCAUACUUUAAUAAUUGUUAGUAUUGGUUCUCAACAACCUGCCAAUAUCAAUCACUCACGAAGAUGUGAAAUAUUACUUUAAUAAAUAUUGUCAAUGGUAGUUUUUCAGUUUUGCGGUCUUGUAUUAACUAGGUACGUAUCCUCAUGCAUAUUAUAGAAUUAUGAUCUUAUGAAUUCCAUUGUAUUCUAUAGACCUUGUUUAUAAUUUGUUGUGGUAAUUACGACACCAAUAAUUGGACGUUAUUCCAGAAAAACGUUCCAAACCACAAUCAUGUCGAAAUUGAGUUAAGAACACAAAACUGGUCACGUGAUUCAUAUCAACGAACUGACAAAAAAUAUCAGCCCUAGUGUCACUCUUUAAAUGACAUCAUGACUUAGUAGCCCAACCCACAUGUAUAGAAUACACUAUUAUUUAAUAAACUUUAAACACGAUUUCCUUAAAAUGUGAUAUUUGUGGCUUGGAACGUUUUCAGGAAUGACGUCCAAUUACGAUUUGUUGUAAAUUUUACCUGACUCGACUUCGCAUUGCGAUGUAUAUAAGUGUUAUGUAUCUGUUGUGUUAUAUACACAUAGUAGAAAAUGCCGUCAGUUGAGUUUUGUUGCGUUGCUUAUUUAUUCUUACUUCCAAUUCCAUGUUUUCCGGAUGCUUAAACAAAGUUGCAAUCCGUUGUUAAUGUAAGUAAAAAUGACGGCUUAAACUUAGCUUUAUUUAGGUUUGUGUCUAGUGUGUAAAUUUAUUUAAAUAACUAUUUAGUUUAAAUAACAUAUUGUGAAGUAUACUUCGUUGCGGUAUAAAUUUUCCGAUUCGAAUAAUUUACCAGCUUAAAUAAUAUUUUGCUUCAAUAUUGCUUUGAACUUGCUGCCCAACCUGGUCGUAGAUAAUGGUACUUAAUUUAAUAUUAUAUUGAAGGUUUUCAGAGACAUUUUUUUUAAAUGUUGCAAUUAAGGUAACAAAAGACAAACAAGAAGACUGCGAAUUCAAAUCUCGAAUAAAAAUAACUCAAACACAACGAUUUUUUAAAACUUUUAUCGUGUGUUUUUAGAUCGCUCAAUCGCUGGCACAAAACACAUUUUUGAAUAGAUUCACGUUAGGUAUCGCUUACGUUUUAUAUAGAUUAGAAAAUGGAACUGACAAUUAUGUAGUCACAUAGAUUUCUUUGUAAUGAUAAGGCACAAGAUUCUUAAUGAGCUUAUAUGGCUAUAGAGUAGUGCUACAUGUUGUAGUAUUUAAUAGUUAUUACGAGUUAGAUAUACCAUUGCGGUACCACUUUACAAGUCAGCUACGAUUAAUAGACAUUAGGAACCGUUCUUCCUCCAUUUAUUGUAAGUAUUUAUGCAUUUCACAGAGACAAGUAUCUUAAUCUGUAUUAUAAACUAUAUUUUGUUACAAAACACGACAUUCUGAUUUUGUAAUUCAAUUUUUUUUAUAAUUCUAGGUUUCAAAGCUAGUUUAAUAAGUGAAAUACCCUAGAUUUAUAACUGCAGAAGUAAAUUCAGAUAUUUUUAUUCUAGGAUUUUAAAAUCAUUUGUUGUAACAGCGUUCAAUGGAACGUCAAAACCCGUUAGAAUAGAUAUGUCUUAGAAUCAAGAAGAACGCGGAAAAAAAUUUUAGCACCUUUCUAUUACCAUAGAUCUGGUAUAAUUUAGAUUUAGACAGUCAUUGAUGUGAUAGUAGGUCUUAUGUACAAUAGCGGUCUAAAAAUGUUUAACACCUUAAGGUUUAUAAUUGCAAGUACACAUCGAUGUCACAAAGUCGACAGUAUAUUGUGUCAUUGAUAUGAUAAGGCAGGUGAUAUGAUCCUAUAUAAAACAUUUUAGACUUUACUGCGCACAAUGGGAUAAAGAAUCUAAUUUGAAAACUGAUAAACAUUUUUAGACAGCAACCGUGCAUGUACCUAAUGUUCAAAAUGCUGAUGAUGAAACAAAUGACUGAGCAUUCUUCAGCUCCUGCCCUUCUGUUCCAUCUGAGGUUAAGAGAUUAUCUAUCUGUUACAGUGACGAUGAUUGUAACACAUCACUAAAUGAGGCGUAGAAUAAACCGAUACUAUCCCAAUUAUAUUGAAAGAUUCAUCCUGAGAUAAACUGUAAGCUCCGAUGCGUAUUUACACAGCGGCACUGAAACCUUUCAAUCGGAAUAAAUAGCGCACAUUAGAAUAAAUAGUGAAAAAAUUAAACAAAAUUUUUUGAAAAAGAAAUGUAAAUAGGCGACCUACGCGGACUUGUGAUUGGUUACAAACAGUUACGUCAUAGAUCAUAACCUCAAAGAAACAAGCGAAGGGGAUUGGUUGAAAACUAUUAUUCUAAUAUAAUAAUAAUUAAAAGCAUUCUUUUAUUUCACAUCGGCUUAGAACAAUCGUGUUGUUUUUCAAGUACUUGAAAUUCCCUGAAAUGAUUACACUUAUAAAAAUAACUUAUAAAAUAUUUGAAGUUAAUCUUCAAAUCAUAUUUGUAGGCAAAGCGAUUUGCUACAAAUUAUGUCUACGAAUUUUUUGUAGGACGCAUAGUUUCCGAGAUAUCGCGAAAAAGGUGUUUGCACCCCUUUUUCCAAGAUGGCGGCUGAGGGACAUGGGUGGCGACCCCACAAACUUGAGGUUAAGCUUCUAUUGACCCCCCACACACGUCCCAAAAAUAAAAUUGUGUCCUCAUGUAACAUUUCAAUGGACUAAAUCUUAUAUAAUGCGAGUCGUUGAUUAUUAAUAUUAUAAAUAAAUGAUAAAAGUAACAAACGUUUGUUCUUAGAGCAGUUAAAAGUUAUGGCGCAGCGGGUACAGUGUGUUCAACAUUUGGAUAAUAAUUGAUAUACAGUGAAUAAAUUAAAAUAUAACUGAAUAUUUUAGACCUAAAAAAGUGACUGUUCAUUACUUGAGGUAUAAUAUUUUUUUUCCAUUUUCUAAGUGUUAUUAAUAUUUAAAUAAUAUAAUCAAUGAGAGUUGUGUAUUCUGUCUAUAUGUCUACUGUUGGCUCAAAUAACAAAAUACUUUUUACAAGUGGAAUGCAUGGACCUGUUUGAUAAUUUAAAUGACCUAACCUAAUCUAUUUUAGAAUUUUUCUCUUAUCAAGUUACCGAUACAAUAAUAGUCGUUUAUUUUGUUAACAGAUUUCAAUUAAAC